GUUGUUGAGUCAACCCCUCACUGAUUCCCCUUUUCAAAGAAGAUACAGGACACCCGACCUGAGCCAUGUCCGGACUGAACGCAUCUCUCGGAUACUUUGUGGCUGUUGUGAUAUUUGCAGCCUCAGUUCGAACACUCCUUAGAAAAUGGCCACGAUUCAGUUUUAUUUCGGAGUUUGCCUCCUCUUUAAUGCUGGUGGCAUGUUGGCUGGAGGUGCAGACCAUUGUGGAGGUGGGUCAGUGGGCCGGGGCCUUGGGUCCUGAUGUGGCGGUGACUAUGCUGUUUGGGCUGCUGCUGACCCACGGUGUCAUCUGUGGUGCUGCGUCCGGGAAUCCCAGCCUGGUCUUGCAGAAGUUCCUGCAGCUCGAGGCCUCCACUCUGCCCACCCUGCUGGCUAUUACAGCCCAGUUUGCUGGGGCUCACCUGGCCCUUCUUGCAGCUGUGUACUACUGGAAACUGGAGCUGACGGACAUGCACAUGAUCAAAAACCUGAUGGCGGCAGAGUGCAGCUCCUCUCUGCUGGUCUCUGUGCUUCAGGGCUUUUUCACCGAGUUUGUCUGUGCAUUCAUUCUUCACCUGAUCUACCUGAACCUACAGCGGAGAUCAGCUUUGAUCCGGGUUCCCCUGAUCGCUGUCCUCCUCACAUUCUUUACCCAUACAGCCAGAGGCUACACCUCAGCUUACAUUAAUCCAUCACUGGCAUAUGGACUCACCUUCCACUGUCCAGGAUCUACCCUCACACAAUAUGCAGUUGUCUACUGGCUGGGCCCACUCAUUGGCAUGACUCUUGCUCUUCUCUUGUACAUGGGUCAUAUCCCGAGGUUUUUUGCCAAGAACCUUCUAUAUUUCCAGAAGACACGCUUCAGAGUGCCAAAAGGAGACAAAGCAGAGAAGAAGAAAAAGUGAAAGAUGAUCUGUAUUUCAAAAAAUCUAAACUUGACAAACAGUGUUCAAUGUCCAAAAUAUGUUUACUUCAAUUUCACAAAGUCGUGUGGAAAAUGUGAAUAUUUGGGAUAAAAAAAAAACUUGAGCAAAAAUCUAUUUAAUAGUUCCUUUCUUGCCUCCUGUUUUCAAUGAAACCACGACUGAAGCUUUUCCAUUGGAACAAACCCACUAUCUCCAACAUGUGCAUGAUGCCAUAUAGUUGCCACCAGGUGGUAGCAUCAAGAAAGAGACAGGAAUAUGGGCCAAUGAAGUAAACUGAAUACAAGCUUGCAUCAUAAAUAAUAUCACGUAACUUCCUCAGAUUAUGGAUAUGUGUUUCACGAUAAGGCUACACAAUAUUUCAUUCAAAAAAAUAAAUAAAUCAAAAAUCAGUCGUUCAUAUUUCAAACGAAGGAGAGAGGAACUGUUGCUGCUACGUACUGGCAGAACUCUGAGCAGCACUGGGUUUAGAAGAUUGUGAUUUAUCAGGCUCCGUGUCUUUUGGCUGAUUUUUAGUAGAUGAUCCUUGAUCUGUAGAAAGAAAGUAAAUAGUAUCAGAUUUGUGCAGUUUAAGUUGUUCUUGCAACUGAAAGGUGAAAUCUGAAUUUACUGAAUUUGGCAGUAUGCUUGUAUGAACCGUGUUCUGUACAGGUGGUGAAUUUCACUAAUAAACAGAGGGAAGUCUUCCUGUC